CGCCAAUUCAUAUUUGUAGAAGAAGGAAGCCCUGACAAAACCUCCCACAUUCCCGCAGACAGCGAUUGUUCCCAUGUUCUAAUCGUGUUUACUUUGUAACAAUGUGUUUGGUUUUAUUAACGGGUAUUUGAGACGAUAAUGCUGGAUGGUGGUCGCAGUCAUGCGGUUCACACGGGACAUUUGCAGGCUGCUGGGGCUUGGGAGCGAAACCUCCAGUGCUCAACACCAGGAGGAGAUGGAAUGUGGAGCAGUGACCUCUGAGCCCACCGACAUCACACAGGAACAGGACAUCAGUGGAGAGGACUGUCUGAGCGAGGAGGAGAAGGCCAAACACAGAGCGGCGCGACGCAGAGCCAAGAGGAAGCGUCGACGGGAACGCAAGAAGCUGGAGCAGGUGAAGAAGCCUGAGGGCACUGAUCAGGAUGUGGAGGAUGAUGGUAGAUCUGAGGAGGAAGAAGAUAAAGAUGAGAGUGAGUCUGAGGUGGAGGUAGAAGAGGUAGAGAAAGAAGAUAAAACAGCCAUCGCCUGCUCUAAUGAACCCUCUUCCCCAUCGCCAGCCCCCUCGGGAACUAAAGGACCCCAGAAUACCGCUGCACGAACAUCUGAAGAGGAACUGGAGUGGGAUGUGAGCAGUGCGUUCUUUGCUAACGCUGCUAGCCACAUCCGGCCAAAAGUUAUGACCAAACCUGGCGCCAAGUCCAAAGAGAAUAAGGAGAAUGAGGGCAGAACCAGAGAGGUGAAUGAAACGGAUGCUGUGACUAAGAGAAGUGCCUUGUUGACAGAAAAAGGGAUCAAGCUGGUCCAGGAGGGCCAGUAUUCUCAGGCAGUCAGUAUGUUUACAGAAGCCAUCAGAUACAACCCAAAGGAUUACAGGUUCUUUGGGAACCGGUCGUACUGUUAUAGCUGUUUGGAGCAGUACCCCCAGGCCCUGUCUGAUGCUGAGAGGUCCAUCCAGCUGGCAGCUGUCUGGCCUAAAGGACACUUCCGCAAGGGCAGCGCACUCAUUGGCAUGAAGAGGUACAGUGAGGCGGAGAAAGCCAUGGAACAGGUCCUGAUGCUGGAUGAAGACUGUGAGGAGGCCGUCAUCGAUCUCUUCAACUGCAAAGUCUUACAGCUUAUGGAGCUGGGUUUUGAGGAGAUGCAGAGUGUGUUGCUGUUGGAGAGAUUCACCAGUGUACAGGCGGUACUGGCUUCACCUGAGGCUUCUAGGGGUGAGGACUGGGGCUGUGGCGGUCAUGACAUUUUGUCAGCUGGUUAUUGUCAUGCAAAAGACUGCUGGUCUCACGUGGUGAGCCAGGACUCCUCAUUGAGCCUGCCAGGGUCCUUGUGUGCGUCUCUCUGGGUGGGGAACGUGACCACUGAGAUUGCUGAGAAACACCUAUUGGACCUCUUUCAAACCUAUGGGGAGAUAGACAGUAUACGAGUUAUCCACGAGCGGUUCUGUGCAUUUGUCAACUUUAAGAAUGCCAACAUGGCAUCGCGGGCCAUGGAGAAACUCAACGGCUACAGUAUAGAGAACACAAGGUUGGUGGUUCGCUACCCAGACCGUAACACCCAGAGGGUUCUGCCAAUCCCCCUCAAGAGUAGCCUCCCCGCAUCGCAACAGGCAGCUGCUGCUACUUGUCCCAGACGUCGUGGCCCAGUGAACGGAGAUGAGUGUUACUUCUGGAGGACCACUGGCUGCCAUUUUGGGGACAAGUGUCGCUACAAACACAUUUCUGAACAGAGGGGCAAAGACAGGAAGCCCUGGCAGCCCUGAGCAGUUUCCUCCCCACCUCUGGGCUUUUAUAGAAACUGGAACCCCAUUACAAACACUGACUGAGCCGAAGGACUAUUAAAUUGGGCCAUGUUCUCCCCCCCAAGGACAGCAGGAGAACUUGUUAUGGAGGACAAUGUUAAGACUAAUAAAAUGGUGGACACCAUAAUUAAUAAGAGCGUAUUUUGACUAAUAAUGGACCAAUUAACAGCCGUUCCCCUUGACCACAGCUCGGUGUUUAGGCUCAUGGGAACCAACCUCAAAAGCUUUCAGCCUUAAAACCUUCAUCAGUUAGCCUUACAGCUAGCAUUUGUUAGCCUAACCAGCCAUGGCCUCUCCAAAGAAAAUUGUUCAGUUGGUUACCUUCACCAAAGCAGAGAAAGGAGAGCUCCUCCUAGGAAUCUUGACAAUGUAUGACCUUUCUUCCUCUAAGCCUUGAACUAGACUCAUUUAAUCAUUUUUCUGAUUUGAGUCUUGAUCCUGGGAAAGUGAAAAUGGGUGCUGUUUCUCUAGUAAGGGCAAGCUGCAGUCUCGGUCCCUUCAGGCUAUGCUAUGCUAAUCUACAGCCACUACUGUCUGGGUUUUGUGGCCUGUGCUGUCCUUGUCCUCCUUCUCUCAUUUCCCAACCACGUCUCUCUUGCCAAUACCGUCAGAAUGGAAUAGGCCCUCCACACCAAAGGAGACCCAGAAGCCAUGCAGCAGAUUCACCCUGAUGUUUCAGUUCCUCCCUAAACGGAUGGUGCCUCCCUUCCACUCUGACUUGGUGCUUAGUAACCUUAUAAUGGUAUAAUGUUCAUUAGGCACCAAAUUUGAGAAAACAGACACAGGGAAGGACUACCUGGAUUUCUCCAAAAAUAAAUGUUCCAUUUCCAAACAUUUUCCUUGGCAUGCCCUAAUGAACAUGACCCAGUGCUUGAUCUACACUGGGCUAUGGAUCUGUGCUAUUGGCCUUAGCUAUGUGGUCCAUUGCAAUGUGCACAAACCCCAUAAUGAACAUCUAAAGAGAGGUUGGGGAAGAGAUCAGUACCACCAAAUUCCAUAAAGGUAACUUGUUCUUCAGUGUAUUAAUGUGUUUCUAUUUUUCAUUUUACUACUGUACCCGAUGGCCAACCACUUAAAUGCACACUGAAUCUGUUGGGUGAUUUUUGACACUGAGAAUUGACACCUACUUUUCUGUGUUUGUCAAGGUUUGAGUAAUUGUAGUUAUUUAGUAAGCUAGUUUUUAAAACAUCUGGGAAAUAAGCCUCUUGCUUCUUGAAUGAACCAAAUUGAUUUCUCUUGCGGUUUCCAUCUACCAUCUAUUCUCUAGAACAAGCACCCUCUUUGUCCUAUGAAGGGACAGAAUCGCUGAAUUUACACUGUAUUCGGAGGGUAUUCAGACCCCUUGACUUUUUUGAUAUUUUGUUACAUUACAGCCUUCUUCUAAAAUUGAUUGAUUGAGGGAAAAGAAACAAUCUACACACAAUACAUCAUAAUGACAAAGUGAAAACAAGUUUUUAGAUUUUUUUUGGAAACCAAUACCUUCUUUACAUUAUUAUUCAGAAGGGGAGGUUCUGCUUUUCUGUGGUUGCCUUGGUUCCAGCCUCUUAGAUUGGUCAAAGCAAACAGAACUUCAUAUUGGGGAAAAAGUCACAUGAGAAACCACGAGAAUAUUACCUUUUAAACGACUCGCAGAAGUGUAUUUUUUUUGUUCGCUUCAUGACCAAGUACACAGUAUUCGCUCAUUUUGGCCGAUGCAUGUUUAAUAAUUUUGAUAGAAAUGAACAAUUAAGUAUUUCUGUGUGGUGCCCACUUUCUUUAUUUGGUGUGAUUUUAGUAAAGGAGUCCAUUUCUCAAGCCCCUAUUUUAAUUUUAUUUUUAUGAUCUACCCCACAAAAUCUGUAUACGCACCAAACUGUUUAACUCAGGCACUGUAAUCUCGGUUUAUGCUAAAUCUACCAAAUAUUGUGUUAAACUAUUCUGCACUGCCAAAGAGUCCUUUGUAAGUCAUACAUUUAUUUGAAUAA